AUGCAGUCGAAUAACAGCUUUCGUUUGGCUGCGGCCACAACUCUUCUCGCAGCUUGUGGUCUUGUAUCUGCCCAGAUUCCUGUGGUGACCAUGUUCCCUGUCACUACUCAAACAUCAUUUCCUUCCCCACAGUGCACAGGAACCUCUUCAACUGAAUCUUUCACAGUGAACUACAAUUUCGAGAGUGUGGAACGUGGAGACCCCAUCAUUGCAACAACUGAGAUUGCCGAAUACAACCUCCUAAACUUCAAGUCCAUCAACUUUGUCGACACAGACACCGACUUCGACGGCAACCACUUGGGACUCGCACCUCACACCUACCCCUACGUCGCCACAUUCUCUCCCGGCACCGAAAUAAUCGACGACCUCCUCUCACCAAACAUUUCCAUGAUCACCGCCAGCUAUAUCGAAUCCACCCUGACUUCCUUCACACCCAAAUCAUUUUGGUACGGCUGUGUAUACCCAUUCCCGUACACAGCAGGUUCUCUCCCAGUAGACUGUAACAUCACUGCGACAGGAUUCGACAAAAGCGGAAAUCUUGUCGCCAAGCAAUCUUUCGAGUUUUCGGGCAAUGGAAGUAUCAUCCAGGAUCAGAAUUAUGGCACAUUUCAAGGCUUCAGCCAGGUUUAUUCUGUUGCGUUUGGUGUUUCUCCCAUUAUCGCUGCAGCGUUGGUUGAUAAUAUUAUUGCGACGCUUUACCAGGAGGAGUGCGCGCCGUAUUAUACGGGGAGUUAUGGUAAUGGUACAUCCUCUUCAUGGAUUUACACGUCAGGUCUGUCAGGCCAUGCACGCUACCCUUCUCUUCUCCAUUCUAUCACAACAUUCCAAACACCAACGUGAGCAAGAGAGUUUCAUAAAUCCAACUCAGCCAGCCUUGUUUCCUCCCCUUAUUCAAGGCACGAAGCUUUUCCGCAAGUCCCUCACUAGGCAUGAAUAUAAUUCCGUUGAGAUACACAAAAUUCCUCUCAGCCUCCGGAUCGAUCUCCAAUCUCAG